UAAAAUUUGCAGGAGUCUCAGUGAUUCACACACAGGCCCCACAUGCACAGAUCUGACGAUCUUCCAUUACGCAAUAUUGCAUUGUGUUUCAGACGAGCACAGUCUUACUCUGACCAUAUGUCUGUCUCCGCCUCUGUCACCGAUUCAUUGUCAUGUGAAGGUUUUAAUCUGAUUAAAUGAUUGGAUAAGCUGCUUGGACCUAAAACCCCAACUGACACUGGGAUGGUCCAUUCAGCCCAGAAUUGCAUUUGGCCCAUUCAGUUCACUCAGGUCUCCUUGUGUUUUUUGAGUGACUGAUGUGGCUUUGGGGACCAGCAGAGGAACACUUUACAGUAUAAAAGCACAGCAAUCUGCUGCUAAUGUAAGCUUGUAAAACGGAUUAGAUGUUUUACUCCCUCUCAAGUCUUUUACUUGCGUAGAUUGUCCUCUAAUAGAUGUUCAAAGUGUGUCUGUCUCCUUUCUUUGUCAACAUUCAGCAUCCUGUGUGAGUCUCUGUGUGUGUUCGUCCUAAUUGGCAGCUGGCUGGUGUGACUGUGUAAGUGGUCAUUAUUUUCUCCCAGCCUGCGGUCAGAGCAGAAGAGUACUCAGUAUGAUUAAGUGUAAAAGAGGCAGCAUUUGCAGCUCAAACUGGUAAAUCUAUUAUUGAUGUCAAGGAGCGUUAAAGGUGGACUGAGGAAGUCACAUGACCAUAGUAACACUUGGCUCUUUUCAAACUGGAUGACGCAAUACAGAACAGGUGACUGAUGACGGAGUCGGUCAAAGAUACUCAUGACUCAGUCAUUGCUGUGCACCAGUCUGUGCUUUGGAUUUACUGCUGGAUUAAAGUUCUAUUCAAUGUCUAAUUUUGAGACAGAAAUAUCUCUCUGCCCGUUUCAGAAUUAAACAAAAGAAGAUAAAGAUAAAUUUUUUUUGGCCUCACAUUUUCCAAUUUUAUUGGAUUUAAAAAAAUCUUUUUAUAAUGAUUAACUGGUUUGGAAACAUCUGAGUUAAGCUAACGUUGCUAACAGGUGAGGAACAGGAAAACAUGACUUUUACUUUGAAGUUUAAAAAAAAAAUUCAAUAACUCAAAAUGAAAAGAAAAAAAAAAAUAAAAAUAACCAUUAGAUUUGAUCUGGCACUUGAAGCAAAACAUCAGCUACAGUACCUCAGUGUUGCACAAUUCCAUUUGCUUCCUUUGCUUCCCGUGAUUUUCUCAGGCAUGCAUAAUACAUGAGUGGAAAUGAUCUACUUUAUUUUUUCAUUUACUUCCUGCUGCUGUGUGUUGACAGUAUCUGUGCGACACGUGUGAAGAGAGAAUCCAAAAAACGAUGUGUUUAAACUGUUCAAACAUACCUGGGAAUGUAGAUAUUAUUAAUGCAUGACAAACUAAUAGUUCCUCUCCAGGAACUGAUGCAGAUCCUGACUUUGAAGACUGAUUAUUUUCCACAUGGACAGAGGACAAGUGCAUGUCCUCUGUCCAUGUCCAAGUGCUGAACUGAGCUCAGUCCACAGUGUUGGACAGUUGGUUAGUUCUCAGUGCUGUAUUAUCAUGUUGUUUCUUUAGGAUACCAUCAAACAGACAUUACUAUGCUAGACAGGUCUGAGUUAGCUGUUGGUAAAACCCAGUAUGGAUCUGCUGUUUGGUUACAUAAGGGGAGAAGCUUUGGAUAUGCUUCCAAAAAAGCAAAAAGUUGAAUUCAGAAACAUACUGUAUUUAGAGUCAUGAGUCCUCAAGGUUCGCCUUAGCCACAGUGAGGCACUGUUGUCUCCUGGGCGGGUACAAAGCUGUUGUGAAGGGGCAGAGGGCAGCAGGGCAAAGUCAUGCCAUUUUUACACUAGUGCUUAAUACAGUAUUCGCUGCACAGUUUGCUUGUACACUACUACUAAGUACUGUAAUGCUCACGUGUGCCCUAACUAAUCCACCUGGAGAUGGGGGUUUCAAUCCCGAGUUAGCUCAUUCAGAUGCAAAGCCAUAAAAACUACUAUGCUGUGCAGAUCACAUGGUUAUACGUGCGUUAGUCCAGCAAUCAUCGAAGUUAACGUGCACUGAUGACCAAGAUGUAGAAGAUGACUCCGAAGACAAGAGAUGAAAAAGAAGAAGACGUAGUUACAGCUGAAGUUCAAAGUCAUCCUGUGGAACCAUUAAGAUGACAUCACAGCAGAAAACAGCUUUGAUAAACAAGUCGACUAAAAGCCUUUAAACUCCGCCGGAUUAGUUUAGAACAGGGAUUUUAGCCGAUGUGGAUCCGUGGUAGGAGUCGGGGAAUCGAGAAAGAGGAGAGGCAACUGAAACAAAAUCUACAGUCAGAAAUGAAACAAGAUAGAUUAGCUUGAGCACUAAAAAUAACACUGGAUAACACUGUCAGUGUGUUUGAUAAGUAGCCGGGGAUUUAUGAAGCAUGCAUCACGAGUCAAACACGAAGAAAAUAGAUGAUUAAGAAAAAAAAAACAAAAAAAAAAACAAUGAUUCAAACAAACUUUCUCUCCAACAUUACUUAGUGAAUAACUAUGUAUUUACUUUAAGAUACCAACUGUCAGUGACAGAAUCAUUUAACAAAACAGAGAGAAUAUUGAAAUAAGGGAAAGGAAACGAAGAGUCGUCGGAGACAGCAGUUAUUCAACAAAAUGGAUACGAUUCACUAUAAAAGACUGAAAAUGAAACCAGAGAACAUGGAUUUAUUAAAAAACACCUGCAAUACUAUGAUGGACAACUACUGUUCCGUAGACGACCUGGAUAUAAAGCAGCUGGGGAGUGGAGAUGGUCCACACAAAUUCACCAAAACCGUGGUGAGUGGGGUAAAUAAGUGGGCCAAACUGGCCGUCUCCAUGCAGGCCUCGGGGGAUGAUAAUUCCUCCGCUAUCACACACUCUGUGUAUGAUGAGCUGCAAGAGGAGGAAUUGAAGAUUCAACAUUUCUCAAAGAAACAUGAGGAGGAAGAGAUGGAGGAGGAGGAUGAGGAGGAGGAGUACCCAGAGAUAGAUGAAGACAUAUACAGGAAGAACCUGAUGUUUCUUGAUAUGGCCACUGUUCUAUCCAGCCUCUCCACCAUUCCGGAGGAGAGCGAGUUUUCCGUCUCCCCAGUCAACAUUUUGGCUUCAAGAUCUCCCUGCAAGUCCGCUCCUGCCGCCUUCCACGUGUCCAAAGACGGCGAUGGGACCAAGAGAAUGACCAGUUUACAAGCAGAGGACGACGAGGACUUGUUGGCGAAAGAGAUCAAAACAAAGAAGGCAUCGGUGUGGAGAAAGUGGCUUUGUGUGAGGUGGAAAAACAGAAUCAAUACACCUUUUCAGGAGGAUGUGAAAGAGGAAACCCUCUUGCCUCCAUUAGUCCCCUUCCCCACCACGGUGGAACCACCCCUGUGUGAGGUUGAAACUAAGACUUUACAGGAGAAGGAAAAGGAGCCGAAGAGGAAGUCCGUGUGGAGAGAGUGGUUUUGUGCGCGGUGGAGGACGAGGAUAGACGCGCCAUCAAAUGUGGGUUUAAAAGAGGAUUUGCAUCCGGCACUGUUGGAAACGAUAGUGGAACCGGUUCUGUCUGAAGAUGAGAAUUGUAAAGUGCAAGAAGAUGAGCCCCAGAAGAAGAAGGAAUCCAUGUGGAAUAAGUGGUUUUGUGGGAGGUGGAAGAGCAAGACGAAUCAAGUUCCAAAGGGAAAUGUGAAAGAGAAGCCCCUCCCACCUCCAGCAAAAAUUGAAACGACGUUAAAAGCCUUACAGGCUGAAGAAGACACUAAAAGGGUGGAGGAGACAGAGAAGACCACCAAGAGGGAGUCCGUGUGGACCAAGUGGUUUUGGGUGAGGAGGAAGAACAGAAUCACUCCACUUCUACAGGAAGAUCUGAAGGAGGACACCUGCUGUUCUCCAGCAGUCGUGUCACCGAAUGCAGAACCGUCCAGUCUGAAGGCUGUUCUCUAUGGAAAACAUGAAAGACAGGAACUGGUGUCAGAUUGAUUCCACAGCAUUAGUCCUAAUUUUGAAACGGCACUCUGGUCUUCUAUCUGCGAUCUGAAGAUGAAACAGUUGCAGGAAAAAUGGAUUUGGGUUAUUGAGUUAUUGGGUUGAAAACACAAAAUAAGAUCAUGAAGAGUAUCCAACCACCAGACACCAACUGUCAAAACAAGACUGUUUUUUUUUAAUGAGAACACUUUGUAAAUAAAAUACAAUGAAAACCCAAACCUGUUUAGAAGCUGUUUUGUGGCUUAACGAAUAUAACUGACAUUGUUUUAUUUUCUAUUUUAAUUUGUUGUUAGCUUUAAUAGCGUUCAGUAUCAGUAGAAGAAGACAGGGCAGUGGGAGGAGCACGGAGCUUCUGUAACUAGACACUUGUGUUUGUGUUGCUUUCAUCCUUGGUUUUGUGCCGGUUGUCUACAGUAAUUAUAGUAGUGCAAUGGUCAAAUCUGACCCUUUUUUGCAAAGGUAGUUCAGUGGAAAUUGACUAGGGCAGUUAAAAUGACCUUCUGUUUAGAUUUUACUCUCGCUGAGUAAUCAAAAUAAUUUUUAGAAAUCAGAGCAAACAUCCAAAUUUUAACUAAACUUC